GGUGAGCACCAGCUUCCGCCAGGGCCUUGGCGGCGGUAAGCUGCGGCGGCCGUUUGCGGUAAACGUUUUCCACCUUCGCUGUGGGACCACACGGCGCCGAGCGUGGAGGGUCGCAAUGUCAGAAAAAAAGCAGCCGGUAGACUUGGGUCUCCUGGAGGAGGAUGACGAGUUCGAGGAGUUUCCUGCCGAAGAUUGGGCUGGUUUGGAUGAAGAUGAAGAUGCACAUGUCUGGGAGGAUAACUGGGAUGAUGACAAUGUAGAAGAUGACUUCUCCAAUCAGCUACGAGCUGAACUAGAGAAGCAUGGUUAUAAGAUGGAGACUUCAUAGCAUCUAGCAAAUAUUGAAGUAAACUUGAACUGUACACUAAAUUCUAGGACAAAGAAACCAGGAUGGGAUAUUUCUAAAAAAUAUAUGUAUUGUGUAUUUCAUUACCUGCUUGAAUUUGUUUUUGUAACAAAAAAUAAACAUUUCGCUGUACUCUU